AAGAUACAGUCCCAACCAAGGAAGAAUGGCAGAUAAAAUUAAUGGACUAUGUUGAAAUAGCAAAACUUGCUGGAAGAAUAAGAAACCAAAAAGAAAGAACUUUUAACAAAGAUUGGGGGAAAUAUGUGGACUAACUGAAAAACUAUAGUAAACAUUUAAAUUAAUUAGCAGGAUUAAUGUAGAACAAGCAGUUAAGUAGAUUUGUUAAGGAAACUUUAGAUUCUAAAUAAUAAUUUGGCGAUGCAGUAAGAAAAUUACCACAUAAGAAACCACAAAAGGUGGGGAGGGAAGUCAAGUGAUGUUAUUGGAUAGUUUAUGCAAUUUUAAUGAUUGCUGUAAAAUUGAGAAUCUAAAUAUAACAUUUGUUUUUAAAAGAGAAAAAUACAUUUCAAACCUCAUCUGCUAGCUAGCUCUUAUGCAUGAAUAGCACUCAGAAAACAGCUGCCGUAGAAACAAGAUUAGAAAGAACCACAUGGUAAACAUUUUAAAUCUACAAAUAGCAUCUGUACACAUAAGAGGAACCAGCCAGUAUGUCCAGUAUUAUCAUGACUCUCCUUCCUAGAUCUGAGUGGUGUGUGUUAAAUGCUGUGCUUGCAAUUGAGGUUAAUACAGCCACCAUGUGGUAAGCUUUUUGUGUGUGCAACUACUGCAAAAUUAUUAGUCACCUAUUUCCACCCACACAUGCCUCAUGACCUUGUAGUCUCAAACUGAAACUGGCAAUUUAACUAUGAUCCAUAUGCUAACUGACCAAAUCUCAGUUCCCACUUCUGCACAAUUCACUUAGGAAUAGAGGAAGGUGCCUGCUUGGGGAGAGGUUCGCCUGAUGUUGUAUGAUACCAGGUGACUGACAGGUGAUUGUGAUUUGCGCAAAAUGAUUUUGCAGGCCAAAUUUAGAUGUAUAACAAGACCCGUGGGCCAGAGUUUCUCCACAACUGACAUAAAACAAGACAGAUAUCUAGAAAAUUGACUUUCGAUUUUAAAUUUUGUAUUAAUCAACAUGCCACACACCCACAAUUAAAAUAGACCACAGCUGACUCCAGGGCACCCCAGAGUUAUUUACAUAUGUCUUGGGAGACAAUGGAAGAGUGUGCCUUUGGGAGUGAAGGCAAACUGUUGGAGAGUUACGGCGCCUGCUGUGGCUGCAGAGACCGGGAGAGUGCCCAGUUAUAGGAAAAGUAUAUUAGCUCUAAAACAAAGUGUGAUUACUGGUCAGAAGAGGAUAUUGAAUGCUAAUUAAUUCAAACACUGAAUUAUUACCCAACAUAUGAGUUGGUGGGUGCAAGACACCCUAACUCAUGGAUUAGGCUCGUGUUAGAAUUUAAUUGAAGCUUCUGUGUUGAAACUGUGUGUCAGACCCCAUGUUAGGACCUAUGCAUGACCCAUGUGUAUUAAUAUGUGUGUUAGACAAUUUUAAUUUAGUGGAAUAAGCAUGUGUGAAAAAACUAAUCAAGCUAGGCAAACUUCAUAAACAGUGUAUAAGACACUUCCAAAUCCUGGAAUCAACUAGUGUAAAAGCUAGUUAAGAAAAGACUGAUUUCUUUUUGAGGUGAUAGCCUGGGGAUGAGAAUCAUUAAGACUCAAAGGAUCAAGGGAAAUCUCAUCAUGUGAAAUCUACAGUUUAUCAUAUGAAUCUUUUUCUGUCAUGCUGAAGCAAAUGCUGUGUAUUAACUUUAAAAUAAACCUGUGGCUUCUACAGAAUCUUGAGUCAUUUCAUCUGAAGUGAAAAUGCUGUUUUUCUCUGUGUGGGCAAGUUUUGAACCUUGAACACCCACUAAAAUGUGAACGGAGGAACCCACCCCUCAAAUUAGCUCCAUAAUUUGUUCCCAUAUAUGUACUUGUAUGAAAGCCCCAUUAGUGCUCAUCAACCCUACCAGCAGCAAGUACCGGAGAACCUGAUAGCAGAAGAAAUAUCACCUUUUUGUGGUGGAAACUACAAUAUAAUUUUUGAUGCAUGAGAAUGUAGAAAGUGUAAAUAGUGGAAGCUGCUAAAUCAUAAUGCAGACAGCUCUUCAGCCCAUGAGUUGAAUUUUCUUCCAUGAAAUGGUUUGGCAUUAUUUUUUAAGUAUCAUUCACCUCAAAUGAAAUUUCCUCUGACACGGAAGCUUGAUGGAACAACCCUGUUUUUAUUCUCUUGAGUUUUACCAUGAGGGCUCGUCUUCCCAAAGAGAGCAGUCCUGUUCCGAUAACCACUGAGGAAAGUGACUUCAUCUGCUUCCUCUGUGUUUGGUUUUUUGACAAGUAAGCACAGGAAACCCUGUACAAGUGGCAAGGCAGGAGGAAGAACCACUCCAACCCGAAGGAGCUAAUCAGUCUGGAGCACACAGAGCUACUGUAGAACCUAGGGAUGUAGAAAGUGGAGCAGAGAUGCUCGCUGAGAUGAAGUGUUUGCAUGAAAAGAUGCUCGCUGUAUUGGUGGUUAAACAGACACCAGAAUGGAUGUCGUGGUGAUAUAAUUGCGUGCGCCAUGGAAGCCAAAUGCGGAAUUAAUUUUGUUCUGAAGAACUGGAGUGCCUGUGCCCUGCUCACUAUCACAGUGGUGAUGGCAACAAUUGGAUCAUUCCCAGCAAGAGGGUCCAUUCAAAAUAAGUCUGAACAGCAUCAUGCCAACAGUUCAGUCACAGCAAUGAUGGUGAACAAUAUUAAACCUCAGCUGGCAGAAGGCAAAUCAAAAACGGAUGCAGUGGUUGGCACUGAAGUUAUACUGACCUGUCCCCAUCAGAGACCUAUGAUAAUGGUAUCUUGGAAUGCCAACUUAAAGAAUGGAACAGUUUGCUAUUUAUCAUACAUCAGUGAUAGAAAUCAAACAGGGGGAAACUGCAGUGAGGAUAGCAUGUGUUGGUUAUCUAGACCAGACAAGGACUCCACCCUUCAGAUAAAGUCAGCACAAAUAUCCAGUGAAGGAAUAUAUAAAUGUUCUACAGCAACUGCUGAUGGAACAUUCAGCCAUGAACAUAAUCUAACCAUAUUAGUACCUCCUCAGGCGUCCCUGAUUCAUGACGACAUCAAUGGAACUGCCAUUUGCAAGGCAGUUGCAGGGAAACCAGCCGCACAGAUCUCAUGGUCCCCAGGAGGAGAGUAUAACACCAAGAGUGAAAAUUUGCUUAAUGGCACACAGACCGUCACCAGUAUAUACAAGGUCAACAACUCUGAGGGGAGCAAAGUAACUUGCUUUCUCUCCCAUCCUGCAUGGAAGGAGUCCUUCAGGCUCUCGUUAGGUGGACAAAGUAAAAAAGAAGAUGUAACAAUCACCAUUCUAUUUUCCAGCCUUGCUGGUGUCUUGGGAAUUCUCCUGCUUUCAGUUUUCAUCUACCUCCUCUAUAGAAGAAAAAGAGAAGUUGCUGCACCCAAAAGUCCUGAAACAAUGUCAAGACCAAGCAUCCAGGAGAGUGAGUUGGAGCCAUAUGCCAUUUUCGUACAAGUGGAAAAUGUGAUCUAUGAGAAAGCAGGUGACUUCCCACAGAGUGAAUGACACUUCCCACCAGAGCUCUUUUCUUCAACAUGAAACGGUGUCUGACUUGAACUGUGUAAGAGAAAAAUACAUUGGGGGGGUCAUUAACACCUUACAGUGACCCUCCUAUGGACAUGGGUACAUUUUGGCUUUCUGUAUCCUUCCCACAAACCCAACAGCCUGUUGUCUCUCUCUGCCAAUGCCCCAUACUUGUCAAAAAACCAGAGUCAAUUAUCUGUAUGUAAAAGAGGCUGAGCAAUUAUGCACCUUUUCUCCAGGCUCUGUGGAAUUCUUCCAAGAACGCUGCUGGCCUUAAAUAUUCUGCUCUGCAUCAUAACGAAUCUUCUUUUUCUCACAUUGACUGUAUUUUUCCAGUCUAAGCAUUCAGAAAGCUGUUUCGAAAACUAUGACAAGAGGUAUUCUAAUUAAUUGUCACCAUCUUUCUGCCUAAUCCAAGCAGACCAAUCACUUUAAUAUGGGGCAUUAAGUACAGGUUAAAAAGAUCAAACCUAUCCAUUCUUAAGGAAAUCAGCCCUGGGUGCUCACUGGAAGGACAGAUCCUGAAGCUGAGGC